AUGGUCGGGGCUGUUCCUAAUCGGAUUGCUACUCUCACUGUCCUGGUUGGCGGGCCGCGUGCGGUUCGGCCUCCUUCCCGUGCUGCUAGUGUGCCUAGGGUGCGAGAGGUCAAGGCUGCGCGGGUGGCGGCGCUACAGGCGGUGCUGCAGCGGCAUCCCAUGGGGGACUCGGAGACGGCGCACUGGCUUAACGCGCUCGUGCAGCGCGCCUGGCCCGUCUUUCUCGAGCGCCUGCUGUCCACUCAGCUCGCCCCCGCCCUCGCGCCCUGGUUCUUUGAGAAAUACCGCCCCUGGCAGGCCCGCAAGGCGUGGUUAGAGCGGGUGUAUCUGGGCAGUUCGCCGCCCGUCAUUGCUGCUGUCAGGGUCGUGCACACCAACACUCUUGAUGACCACGUGGUCAUAGAGGCAGCCACGGAGUUUGCAGCGUGCACCGACAUGUAUGCCUUGGUGGGGGUGAAGAUGAGGCGUCGCGUGGCACUGGGCAUGGUGGCAAAGGGGCACGUGUCGGGCGUGCACAUAGAAGGGAAGACGAGGAUCGGGAUGAGGUUCACCUCGGAGUUUCCGUACGUGAGUCGCGUGCGAGUGAGCUUCGUGGGGGCGCCGUUCAUCGGGCUCACUGUCAAGCCCUCAGCCCACCUCGGAUUCAACCUCGCUGACCUGCCCUUCUUCAGCUCCUGGCUGGAUGAGAUGCUGGCAACAGCGUUGGAAUCCUCAAUGGUCGCACCCAAUAUGCUCGUCCUCGACGUCGCCCGUCUCGCCCACCUCUUUCUCUCACCCUCACCCGCCGCUUCCUCUCUUCCGCACCCCCCUCACCCUUCACAUCACUCCGCACACCACCCUCACCGUCCGCACUGCCCUCACUGCACGCACUGCUCCGAGCAAGCAAGCCAGGCAGCAUCCGCUGCUGUCUCACCUGCUCCCACUGCCAUUUCAAAUGUUGCUUCUUCCGUUCCCAGCGCUGCCACUGCCACUUCAACUGUCGCUUCUUCUGUCCCCAGUGCUGCCACUGCCACUUCAACUGUCGCUUCUUCUGUCCCCAGUGCUGCCAGCAUCUCUCCCAUCUCCUCCUCCGUGCCUCCCUUCCCGCCUGCCAUGCUCGCCGCCGCCCAAGCAGCUGGCAUCUCCCAGUUCGUUCCUCACUCCCCUGCAGCCACCAAUCCAACAGCAGCAACACCCACACCCACACGCACUUCCCCUCAGCACCCAACACCCUCAACCCCCUCAGCACCCUUAGCAGUCCCAACCUCCCCGUCCCAGCCCCAUCCGCUCCCCCCACUCACCGCCGCUCUCCACGUCGACUCCUCCCGCCCAGUGGCCUUCGUGGCCGUCGAAAUCAUCGAGGCGAGGCACUUAAAGCCCGCCAACCUCGACGGCACGUCGGACGCGUACGUCAAGUGUGCGCUGGGAGCGGCGCGCUUCACCACGCGCAUCGUGUGGGGGUCGCUGGACCCGCAGUGGUUCGCCGAGUUCACUGCUCCGGUUUUUUCUUGGCGCCUCAGCAACCUGCUCGUGCUGAGAGUGCUCGACAAGUCAUUUCUUUGCUCUAAAGACCUCGGCUAUUGUGUGGUGGACGUCGGGAGGUACCGGCGGGGCGGCAGGCGGGAGAUGUGGGAGACGUUGAGAGGAGUGGGGCGCGGUCGAGUGCGGUUGGCGGUGACUGUGAUCAGUACAGAGGAAGCAGAGAGGAGGGAGGAGGAGGAGGUGAGGGGGGUGAGAAGCAGGGAGAGUGAGGGGGGUGAGAGGAAGGAGGGAGGAGCGGAGGGGGGUGAGGGGCGGGAGGGGAAUGAGUGGCAGGCGGGUGGGGAGGGUGGGUCAGGAAGAGGGUCUGAUGCUGGUGGUGGGGGUGGUGGGAAGGCAGUGGAGGGGAGUGAAGGGAAGAAAGAGGGACAUGGUAGGUCGAGGAAGGCGAGUAAUGGGGAGCAGAUGGGACUGCGAAGGAGGAUGAGGGGGAGGAGGAGAACGGGAGGGGAGUCAUUAGACUGGGAACAGGAGACUCGGAAGAAGCAGGAGGAGAAGGGGAAGGAGGGUAGGGGGGAGGAGGAGAGAGGGGAGGGGGAGGAGGGGAGAGUGAAAGAGGAGAGGGGGAAAAGGGAUAGAGGGGAGAGCGAGAAAGGUGAAGGUGGGAGGGGCGACGAGGUAAUGAACUCAGAAAACGAUGGUGGCGUUGGUGAUGGUGGUGGUGGGAAUGGUGGUGCUGCGACUGGUGGUGAGAGGGAGGGGAGGGGCGGCAGCGCGGGCCGGCCAAGGCUGGACCACGGCUUCCCUCUCAAUCGCCCCAACCUGCUUCCGCCAAUACGCGUCAGCCACGUGGCAGAACAUGACAGGCCGCUGGUCACCGACAUAAGAUACGAUUCUUUGCGGCCUUUCCGCCCUUCUACCUCGUUCCUGACUGCCCCUGGGUCGUCCGAAGGGCAGCAUCGACGCUCUCUGCUGUCCCCCUUCAGUGGGGCGCAUGAGCAUGGGGGCUUCGCUAUGAUGUCUCCUUACAGUGGCCCACAUGGGGGUUCUCUCACUGCUGCUGCCUCCUUCAGCGCUCCUACCACUCCCACUGGCAGGGGCAGAGGCAGAGGCGGAGGGGGCGUGAGAGAGGAUGUGGUGGAGGGGGAAGGUGGAGGAAGAGGAGGGCCGUACUCUCCUUUUGAAGGCUCCUCUGGCGGUGGUGGUGCUGCUGGUGGCGGCGCCGGCAGGGAUGCUGGCACCGAUAGAGGCAGCUCUUUGAAUCGCCUCAAAAGCAGACACGUAGCAAGCUCUGCAGGGAACAAUGUCACCACCUCCCCAUCCUCUUACCACACCGGCCACACCCCCACCACUGGGAUCUAUUUUCUGACUGAAAACGGCAUUGUGGAUGGAACAGUGGGUGCUUCCGAUGCGUUCUUGACAGCAGGUGACCUUUGGAAAGGGAGCGAGGAUGGGGAGGAGGGGGAGGAGCCUCCCAGCCCGUGUUUAUCGGAGCCCUCGCUGUCUGUGCUGCAUGGGAUGGCAUCAGGACAGGCGUUCGGGUGGUGGGGUGACGAGAAUGGGGAGGGUGGGGAGACGGCUGACAAGGCACAGGGGGGAGAAGAGCCUUUGCCCUGGCAGCACCAACGCCAGCAGCAGCAGGGGCAGCAGCAGCAGCAGCAGCAGCAGCAGCAGGGGGCACGGCCGCGGCCGCGGCUGGAGCGAAAAGCAGCUCUUUCUUUCCGCACGCGCAUGCAGCUGGAGCGACAGCAGGAGCAGCGCGAUUCAGAAGCAGCCGAAGCAGCAGCAGCAGCGGCACACGCCGAAGCAGCAGCUGCUGCUGCCAGCACAGCCUGCCAGCUGGACAGAGACGAGCUGGCGCUGCUCUCAAGGCUCCACGUGGACCAAUCAGAAGAGGUGAACAUCCAGGGGGUCCCGGCAGGCUCGGGUAUUUUGAAGGUCGUUCGGCCCGGAGCUGACCCCGGACCUGAGGCUUGGAAGUGCCGACAGGGAGGGAGGAAGGCCGAGGCUGAGGCUCGGGAAAGGUUUGUGGAGGAGGAGCAGGAGGGGACGGUGCUGGGUGGACUGGUGAAGGCGUAUCUGAGUGAAAGCUUGCACGGGGGGAGAGUGGGUGGUGGGGGUAGGUCACAGGGGGGUAGAUCAGUUGGGGGGGAUGGUGGGAAUGCAGGUUCAACUGGGGAAGAGCGGAAACGAGGGGGUUGGAGGGGGUUGUUUAAACGAUGGAAGAAGGGGAAGCAGGAUAGUGUGGCAGGCACAGAUGACGCAGCAGGGGCAUCAGCGAGGGAUGGCAUGGCUACAGACGGAGUGGGUAAGGAGGAAAGGGAAAGAGCGAGGGAUGAGCACGUGUGGGAGAGGAGACAGGAGGGAGUGGAUAAGAAAAAUUAUGAAGAAAUGGAGGUGGAGGACGAGGGCGAGGUGGAGGAGGAGAGGGAUGCUUUGGCGGAGGAGAGGGAGGCGCUAGAGGCAUUGGCAUUGGAGAUGUUGGACGGGUGGCAGGACGAUGUGGUGGGAGGGGAUGCUAUCAGCAGAAGCACCACCUCGACUACCGGUACUUUCCCCUCACAUAGCCAUCUGCGCCUCACCAGAGAGCUUAUUAAAGCGUGCCACUAG